GUAGUUCUUUCCCUCCCGACUCGCCUCCAGGUGACGCGAUUGGACGCCAACCCGGAAGUGUUCCUAUGGCGGCGGUGCCCCCCUUCAGUGGCCUGGUCUCCGUGUUGGAAACCUACCGGGGCAGAGACCGAGUGAUACGCACCAUCUGUUAUGGCUGCCAGCUGGCUGGAGGGAUUUUGGUGGCCAGAAGACAACCUGGAGAAUCACCACUUGGUCAGGGCCUCCUGGCUGUCUCAGCACAACUAAGUCACUGUCGAACAGUACUACGCCUUUUUGACGACCUAACCAUGCUUUCGUAUAGCUGCCAAUAUGGACUGGGGAACAAGGAGAAGGAUACAGCAAUGCGCUGGCUUUCCAUCUUCAACAAUAUAGCUGACCAGCUUUAUUACCCCUGCGAGCAUGUGGCCUGGGCUGCUGAUGCUGAAAUUAUCCAUGCCAACUCAAGUAGGUGGUGGACACUCAGUACAACUCUCUGGGGCUUUUCUCUGCUGCUGGGGAUUGCAAGAUCUCUCAGAAUUUUAUUACUCCUAAGAAGAAAGCAGCAUACAGAAUCCAGAGACUUCAAUCAGAAAACAAGGGCUGAAAUGCACAUACAAGCCUUGACCAUCAUCAGCAACCUGGUUGACCUUGCCAAUGCCAUCCACUGGUUGCCUCCAGGAAUUCUUUGGGCUGGAAAGUUUUCUCCAUGGUUUGUGGGCCUGAUGGGAAGUAUUUCUUCCUUCAUUGGGAUCUAUCAAAACUAUGCAGGGGGCAGUUGUGCAGCAGUUUGAACAGCAACUUCACAGUAUUGGAUUGAAUGGAGAAAGGGGGCUAUCGCAGGAAUUCAUAAAAUGUUACAUAAUCUCUGUUUAAAUGGGGAGAGUAAUUCCUAUUAUGGUGGGGGCUAGAUUAGCAUUAGGUUCUUCUAUUAAAACAGGGUGCUGCUUCUAUAUAAAUCAUAGGCACUUUCCUGGUUGUUAAGCAAAACUGUUCUUACUAAAUGGGCAUUUUUUUUUUGCUGGAAAUUGCAAGAAAACCCAGAAACUGAUGAAAACAUCACAAAUUGUGGUCACAUGUUCACAGGAUGCUACAAUCAGUCAUAAAUGGAAGCCAACUGCCUUGCGCCCAAAUCACAGGAACGCAGGGAGAGGGGUGGCAGUCAUAAACUCAAGGAUCAGUUCUAUGUAGCUGUUUUUAACAGUCUGUUGUAAUUUCAACAAGGGGCAGGUGUCUGCCCUGUCUAGUUAAAUAAUUUGGCUUUUUUAUCUGAAGAAUACAACCUUGUUAUAUAUGUACAUCAUUCUAAUGUGAAACAAUUAGGGCUGAUAAUAAAAGAUACAAUUUUAACAAU